AUGGAUUCCCUAGCUACACAUAACAAGAUGUUAGAGACACAAAUCACUCAAUUGGCGCAAAAUGCUAGCUCUUCUGCUAGGCCUUCAGGUAUGCUACCUGGACAACCUGAGAUAAAUCCAAGGGGUCAUGUGAAUGCUAUAACACUUAGGAGUGGAAAACAAUAUGAGGGACCUAAGAUGAAGGAAAAUGAUGGAGUAGAUGGUCAUCAUGAAGAGAAAAGUAAAAUUGUGAUAGAUGUGGAUAAUGAGACCCAGAUGCAGGAAGAAGAAAAAGUUGAGAAAUAUGUGGCCCCCGCUCCUUACAAGCCUCCUCUACCCUUUCCCCAAAGUGAAGCUAUCUCUCAAAUGCCUUCCUAUGCUAAGUUCUUGAAAGAGAUCCUAUCCAAUAAAAGGAAGUUGGAAGAAUACGAGACUGUGGCCCUUACUGAGGAGUAUAGUGCUAUCAUCCAGAAUAUGCUACCUCCUAAGCUUAAGGAUCCAGGUUUAUUUUCUAUUCCUUGUGUUAUUGGUAAUGUCUCUAUUAACCGUGCUUUGUGUGAUUUAGGUACAAGCGUAAGUUUGAUGUCGAUGUCUAUUUGUAAGAAGCUUGGCAUAGGUGACUUGAAGCCAACCACGAUAUCACUCCAAUUGGCAGAUCGAUCAGUAAAAUAUCCGGUAGGUAUACUUGAAGAUGUACCUAUCCAGGUCGGUAAGUUCUUUAUCCCUGUCGAUUUCGUUAUUUUAGAAAUAGAAGAAGAUUCUUACACUCCAAUUAUAUUAGGAAGACCCUUCCUUGCUACUCCAGGUGCUAUAAUAGAUGUUAAAAAUGGAAGGCUCUCCCUAAAUAUUAGAGGGGAAACGGUAGAAUUUGAUUUAAGUAAUACUAUGAAACUCCCUCUAACUAAUAAAAUUUGUUACAUGGUCGACGUCAUUGACAAGUGUACACAUGAGCAAAUUGCAAACAAUAACUCAGCUGAUCCACUUGAGAAAUGUUUGGUAAGUGAUGGUUCAAUAAAUGAUGAAGACCCCGAGGUAGCCGCAUAUGCUCAAUCUUUAGAAUCAACAUCAACUGCUCCACUUCGAAAUGCAAAGCUUGAAAGAUUGAUGCUAGAGCCAAAAGGAUCUAUUUGUGAAAAGGAUAAUGCGCCAAAGGUAGAAUUAAAACCCCUUCCUUCCUCUUUAAGGCAUGAAUUUCUUGGCCCUGACUCUACUUAUCCUGUGAUUGUGAAUGCAUGUCUAAAUGAAAAUGAAACUGAUAAGUUGCUUAGAACACUAGGGUGCAUCACAAGGUCAUAG